GAAUGCUGGAUGUGGAAAGAGAAAGUAGAGAAGUACCUGCUCUCAAUGUUUCAUUGCAAUAGGCAUUCUUGUGGGAUUCAUUCAUUCAAGAAAUGUCUACUGAGGUUCACUUUGUGCCAAGCAUCACUCAUAGGCUCUUUAAGGCACUUAGGGAGGGUGACGAGGCAGGAUCCCUUGAACCUGGGAGUUCAAGACCAGCCUGGGCAACAUAGGGAGACCGUGUCUCUACAAAAAAUAAAAACGUAGCUUAUGCCUGUAGUCCCGGCUACUCAGGAGAGCUGAGUUAGGAGGAUUGCUUGAGCCUGGGAGGUCGAGGCUGCAGUGAGCCAUGACUGCACCACUGCACUCCAUCCUGGGCAACAGAGUGAGACCCUAUCUCAAAAAAAAAAAAAGAAAAGAAAAAAGAAAAAGAUAAAUAAACGAAAUCCGGGAAACAAGGCAUUCCAAGCACAGGAAAAAGCAUUUAAAAAGGCUCAGGACCUUUUGGCUGGAACAACCAUCUUCCAGUAAUUUGCCAAAAUGACAAAUACAAAGGGAAAGAGGAGAUGCACCCAAUAUAUGUCCUCUAGGCCUUUUAGAAAAUAUGGAGUUGUUCCUUUGGUCACAUGGUACAUGUGAAUCUAUAAGACAGGUGAUAUGGUAGACAUCAAGGGAAUGGGUACUGUUCAAAAAGGAAUGUCCCACAAAUGUUACCAUGGCAAAACUGGAAGAGUCUACAGUAUUACCCAACAUGCUGUUGGCACUGUUGUAAACAAAUAAGUUACAGGCCAGAUUCUUGCCAAGAGAAUUGUGCCUAUUGAGCACAUUAAGCACACUAAGAGCCAGUAGAGCUUCCUGAAAUGCGUGAAGGAAAAUGUUUAGUAAAAGAAGGAAGCCAGAGAGAAAGGUACCCGGGUUCAAAUUAAACGCCAGCCUACUCCACCCAGAGAAGCACACUGUGUAAGAACCAAUGGGAAGGAGCCUGAGUUGCUGGAGCCUAUUCCCUGUGAAUGCAUGCCAUAAUUUGUGUUAAAAAAAAAAAAAAAAAAAAAACCUCUGGACUGUACAUUAAAAGAAAAAAAAAAAAGGUGGCCAGGUAUGGUGGCUCACGCCUGUAAUCCUAGCACUUUGGGAGGCUGAGGUCAGGAGUUUGAGAUCAGUCUGGUCAACAUGGCGAAACCCCGUCUCGACUAAAAAUACAAAAAUUAGCUGGGCGUGGUGGCGCGUGCCUGUAGUCCCAACUAUUCGGGAGGCUGAGGCAGGAGAAUCACUUGAACCUGGGAGGCAAAGGUUACAGUGAGCUGAGAUCACGCCAUUGCACUCCAGCCUGGGCAACAAGACCAAGACUUCAUCUCAAAAAAAAAAAGGCAGCCGGGCGUGGUGGCUCACGCCUGUAAUCCUAGCACUUUGGGAGGCCGAGGCGGGUGGAUCACGAGGUCAGGAGAUCAAGAACAUCCUGGCUAACAUGGUGAAACCCCGUCUCCACUAAACAUACAAAAAAUUAGCCGGGCGUGGUAGCGGGUGCCUGUAGUCCCAACCACUCGGGAGGCUGAGGCAGGAGAAUGGCGUGAACCCGGGAGGCAGAGCUUGCAGUGAGCCAAGAUUGUGCCACUGCACUCCAGCCUGGGCGACAGAAUGAGACUCUGUCUCGAAAAAAAAAAAAAAAGGCUCAGAGGAAAGAAAAAAACUAGAAGAACAGUUAAGUCAGUACAACUUGUGUGUAGAGUGACCGAUGAGGUGGGAAAAGAAAGCACUUGCAUAGCAUGCUAAAAUUUUGACUUUAGAAAAAUUUCAUAAGAAUCUCUAUAUUGUUACUUUUUUUCUGAACUUCCUAACUUCCCAGCUAACUCCAGGAAACUUCUUUUUAUGCUUUAAAACCUACCAAUCACUCUGAAAAGUCUUCCCAGUCUUCCAGACUCAUUUAAGGUGAAGUGUUUAACAAAGAUGAAUUGAGCAUUAAAGGAUGGUGGCUUCUUGAACUACCUCUACGUCAGCAAAGGGGAUAUGGGUAUUAGAGCUUGGGAACUACCAGCCCAACCUACCGGGCUCCGCCUGUUAUGUAGCUGCACAAGGAUAAUGCUUUUAGCACUGAAGUUCACAGAGACAAAGCAUUCCUUUCCUGACCCAUAUACCUCUAUCCUUUCAUUCAUUCAUCCAGCAUUUACUGAGAACUUAACUCUGUGGCAAGUCUCAGUAUUUCUAAGCAGUAGAAAUACUGAGAUGAACCAAAUGUUCCAUGGAGUUUCAUUCAGGUAAGGUUAGUGAAAAUGUGCAAAUAUUUAUAGUAGGAUGAGAAGAAAUGGAGUUGAGGAUCUCAGAAGACAGAGUGAAUAAACCCAAGUGGGAAACUGUCAUGGAAGACAUGCUGUUUUAACUGGGUCUUGAAGUAUGAACAUGAAUAGGCCUUGAUGCAGUGGUUGUAGAAGGGGUACAUUCUAGUGGUAGACAUGGUAUAGGAAAAGAGCUGUUGAAAUUAUCAAAGAGAUAACAAAUGGGCCAGAGAAAGAAGGGUUUUCCAGUUCAGGAAGAUGAAGCGUUAUGGAGAUAGAACUGAAAUUUAUAUAUUUAUGAAAGGUAUGGGGGCCAGGUACAGUGGCUCAUGCCUGUAAUCCCAGCACUUCAGGAGGCCAAGGAGGGAGGAUUACCUGAGGUCAGGAGUUCAAGACCAGCCUGGCUAACAUGGUGAAACCCUGUCUGUACUAAAAAUACAAAAAUUAGCCGAGUGUGGUGACAUGUGCCUGUAAUUCCACCUACUCAGGAGGCUGAGGCAGGAGAAUCGCUUGAACCCAGCAAGUGGAGGUUGCAGUGAGCUGAGAUCGUGCCACUACACUCCAGCCUGGGCAACAAGAGUGAAACUCUGUCUCAAAAAAAAGAAAAAGAAAAAGAACAAAAAGAAACGUAUGGGGAGGAUGAAUAUGAGUUUUCAUUAAAUCCUGUAAUGUCUUACAUAUUUACAUGUGCAGUUUUAUUUAUUUUAAUAUUUUUUUUUCGAGAUGGAGUCUCACUCUCUCACCCAGAGCUCACAUUCUAGUAAAAUGAAACAAGGCCACUGACUGCUGGAAAUCCAAGUGUAAGGUCAUAGGAGACUGCAAACCCAUAAUCCUCUGGAGAUUAGACUGGAGACAGCCACAGCCCAUUGGAGUGGCUGGAUCAAUGGAACUCAAGUGAUGAAUUGGGCUGCUACUGCUUUACUGCAGGCUCACAGUGUCAUGUACAAAGCAAUGAAAGAUAACUCUGCAAGGGCCUGUGGAUCCAGGCGUUGGCAGUGAUUACUCACAAUUUUGUGCAGAGGCCUGGGAUUGGAGCAUGAGACUAUUAUUGAGGCAUCCUCAACCUGCCACUAGCAAUUCCUGUGCUGCUUCCAAUCCCUCAGGGCAAAUCACUAAGGCUCUUGUUCCUAUUGGUGUCUGAUUCUGUUCCUCUACUUUAAGAGGCUUUCUGUCACGCGAUCUAAGGCGGUAAAAGCUUAUUGUUUUUUCUGCGGGGGAAGCUAUUAAUUGUGGAAAAAUGUCCAGCUAAUAUCCAUUAUGCUGGCUAAACAACAAGAUGGCAUCCUAUCUGUCUUGAACAUUUCUCCCUAUUUCAAGCUAACUUUAAAAAGAAAACAUUCCUAAACUACUCUUCCAAAGAAGUAUUUCCUUCUGCCAAAAUUAAGUGAGCAUAAAUGGGUAGUAGCAAUGCUAUCAUCUGGCUGUAUUGCUGAUAAAAGCAGAUUCUGUGAGUGAAGGUUAAAGGAUCUCUGGAAUCUAUCCCCUGUGGACACUGCCUGAGUCACAUUCUCAUUAUUGCUUGUCUGAAUUAACAGGCUGUUAAAUAAUCUUGCUGCCUCUGCCAGUGCAGAGGCCCAUUUUUGUGCUACAGGCCCCUCUGGCAGUGUAUUGAGGCCGAUGGUCCCCAUCUCAGAAUAAUGUUUUAGAAUAUACAAAAGAAGAUAUGUAAGAUUAUAGAGGAAACAUUUCAUACAAGUGGAAUUAUCAAAAUAUUAACAAACUUUUGGUCUAGUAUUAUAUGUGCUUCUUUAUUAGUUUAGGAAAAUGGAAAUAUUUUCCAAAAGUCUGCUAGCCAACUUACCCUCCCGUCUCAUAAUGGCAGAUGACUAGUUGUUCUUUCAAAAUCCAUUCUGCCCAUUUUCUGGGGCACAUAGCUGAUAAGCUAGACACUCCAUUUUCUGUACUUCUUGCAGUUAAGUGUGGUCAUAUGACUGUGCUGUCACUAAUUUAAAAUUCAAUGGAACGUGAGCAGAAGAAAUGAUUUCAUAUCUAGGUUUGGCAUGAGCUUUUCUUCUCUUUCCUCUUCCUUGCAAGUUAGAGCCCUGCCAUGCCUACAACCGGUUCCUACAAUUCAAAUGUUCUAGGAGAUGGUAGAGCAACAGAAAGAAAAAACCUAGGCCCCUAAAUGAACCUGUGCUAUCCACAUCUCUCCCACCCUACCACCAGUUUGGACUGGCCACAAUAAUUUUUGAGAGAAAGACACUUCUAUCUUCUUUAUGCUACUGAAUUUUGAGACUUCUAUUACAACACCUUGGCCUUCACGCUAAGUAAUCACGCUAAGUAAUCCAUUAUUAAACUAAACCAUGACUAGUUAUGCAAAUCAUGUGCAGUAGAAUGAAUGUUGGGGACUCAACCACAUUAGACACUAUGUCUAAUUUGCAAAAUAUAUACAAGGGAGACAUAUUAUAGGGCCUUUACCUUAUGGGAAUUCAACUAUACGGGUCCAGAGAAGGAGAGAGUAAGAACUAUGGAAAUAGAGUAAUUCAGUCAUUCUUUUUUGUUUUUGAGACAGGGUCUCGCUUUGUCACUGAGGCUGGAGGGCAGUGGUGCGAUCAGGGCUUAUUGCAGCCUCAACCUCCCAGGCUCAAGUGAUCCUCCCACCUCAGCCUCCCAAGUAGCUGGGAAUACAGAUGUGCCACCAUGCCUGGCUAAUUUGUUAACUUUCUGUAGCAAGGAGGUCUCUCUAUAUUGCCCAGGCUUGUCUUGAACUCCUAGGCUCAAACAAUCCUCCUAUCUUGGCCUCCCAACGUAUUGAGAUUACAGGUGUGAGCCACUGUGCCUGGCAAUUCAGUCGUUCUAUUCAAGGAACAUAUGCCCUGGAUUGUACAUGAGAUAGCAGACAAGUAUCUACUAUUCCUUCUAUGUCAAUUUCAUAGUUGCUGCUUCCAGUAUGAACCUUUGACUCACUGAGUGUAUUUCUAGUGUUUAGAACUACAGUAUGCAUUUUUUCAUAUAAUAUACACCUAAAUGCAAGGCAACUAAUUAAUCUGGUUCUCAAUCAAGAAUAACCACUAUGUUCUUUUAUUUUUUAUUUUUUGAGAUGGUGUCUCGCUCUGUUGCCCAGGCUGGAGUGCAGUGGCUUGAUCUUGGCUCACUGCGACCUCCGACUCCCGGGUUCAAGUGAUUCUCCCGGCCUCAGCCUAUAGCUGGGAUUACAGGCAUGUGCCACCACGCCUGGCUAAUUUUUGUAUUUUCAGUAUAGAUGGGCCCAAGAAUAAUCAUUAUGUUCUAACAUUAAAGGGAUCAUCUUGGCCAGGAGCGGUGGCUCAUGCCUGUAAUCCCAACACUUUGGGAGGCCGAGGCGGGCAUAUCAGCUGAAGUCAGGAGUUUGAGACCAGCCUGGCAAACAUGGUGAAACUCCAUCUCUACUAAAAAUACCAAAAUUAGCUGGGCAUGGUAGCAGGCACCUGUAAUCCCAGCUUCUUGGGAGGCUGAGGCAGGAGAAUCGCUUAAAUAUGGGAGGCAGAGGUUGCAGUGAGCCAGGAUCGUGCCACUGAACUCCAGCCUGGGCGGCAAGAGUGAAACUCUGUCUCAAAAAAAAAAAAAAAAGGAUCAUCUUAAAGGAUUUAAACUAUUUGCAAAUUUUAUCAUAAUUGCUGACUUUAAAAUUUUAAUCCCUUAAUAAGAUUCAAGUCCACCAUAUUAGCUGCAAUAAUAAGAGUUAUAGGGAUAGGCAGAGAGGCUCACACCUGUAAUCUCAGUGCUUUGAGAGGCUGAGGCAGGAGGGUCGCUUGAGUCCAGGAGUUUGAGACCAGCAUGGGCAACACAGUGAGACUUCGUGUCUAUAAAAAAUCAGCCAGGUGUGGUGGUUCAUGCCUACAAUCCCAGCACUUUGGGAGGCCAAGGUGGGUGGAUCUCUUGAGGCCAGGAGUUCAAGACCAUCCUGGCCAACAUAGUGAAACCCUGUCUCUACUAAAAUUACAAAAAUUAGCCAGGCGUAGUGGCACAUGCCUGUAAUCCCAGCUACUCAGGAGGCUGAGGCACAAGAAUUGCUUAAACGCCGGCUACCCUCUUUGAGUCCCCUCCCUUUGUAUGGGAGCUCUGUUUUCACUCUAUUAAAUCUUGCAACUGCACUCUUCUGGUCCAUGUUUGUUACGGCUCGAGCUGAGCUUUCGCUCACCGUCCACCACUGCUGUUUGCCGCCGUCACAGACCCGCCGCUGACUUCCAUCCCUCUGGAUCCGGCAGGGUGUCCGCUGUGUUCCUGAUCCAGCGAGGUGCCCAUUGCCGCUCCCGAUUGGGCUAAAGGCUUGCCAUUGUUUCUGCACGGCUAAGUGCCCGGGUUUGUCCUAAUCGAGCUGAACACUAGUCGCUGGGUUCCACGGUUCUCUUCUGUGACCCACGGCUUCUAAUAGGGCUAUAACACUCACAGCAUGGCCCAAGAUUCCAUUCCUUGGAAUCUGUGAGGCCAAGCACCCCAGUUCAGAGAACACGAGGCUUGCCACCAUCUUGGAAGCGGCCCGCCACCACAUUAGGAGCUCUGGGAGCAAGGACCCCCCGGUAACAUUUGGCGACCAUGAAGGGACCUCCAAAGCGAUGGGAAACGUUCCCCCCAAGGCGAAAAUGCCCCUAAGAUAUAUUCUGGAGAAUUGGGACCAAUUUGACUCUCAGACACUAAGAAAGAAACGACUUAUAUUUUUCUGCAGUACCGCCUGGCCACAAUAUCCUCUUCAAGGGGCAGAAACCUGGCCUCCUGAGGGAAGUAUAAAUUAUAACACCAUCUUACACCUAGAUCUCCUUUGUAGAAAAGAAGGAAGAGUGAAGUGCCAUAUGUACAAACUUUCUUUUCAUUAAGAGACAACUCGCAAUUACGUAAAAAGUGUGAUUUAUGCCCUGCAGGAAGCCCUCGAGUCUACCUCCCUACUAGGGUGGCCCCCCAACUCCUUCCCCAACUAAUAAGGACACCCCUUCAACCCAAACGAUCCAAAAGGAGAUAGACAAAGGGGUAAACAAUGAACCAAAGAGUGCCAAUGUUUCCCAAUUAUGCCCCCUCCAAGUGGUGGGAGGAGAAUUCGGCCCAGCCAGAGUGCACGUAUCUUUUUCUCUCUCAGACUUGAAGCAAAUUAAAAUAAUUUUAAAUAGAUAAUUUUAAUUAUGGAUUAUCUAUAGAUAAUUUUAAUUAUAGAUUAUCUAUAGAUAAUUUUAAUUUAAAUUCUCAGAUAAUCCUGAUGGCUAUAUUGAUGUUUUACAAGGGUUAGGACAAUCCUCUGAUCUGACAUGGAGAGACAUAAUGUUACUGCUAAAUCAGACACUAACCCCAAAUGAGAGAAGUGCCGCCAUAACUGCAGCCCAAGAUUUGGCGAUCUCUGGUAUCUCAGGUCAAUGGUAGGAUGACAACAGAGGAAAGAGAACUAUUCCCCACAGGCCAGCAGGCAGUUCCCAUUGUAGACCCUCACUGGGACACAGAAUCAGAACAUGCAGGUUGGUGCCGCAGACAUUUGCUAACUUGCGUGCUAGAAGGACUUAGGAAGAAGCCUAUGAAUUAUGCAAUUAUGUCCACUAUAACACAGGGAAAGGAAGAAAAUCCUACUGCCUUUCUGGAGAGACUAAGGGAGGCAUUGAGAAAGCAUACCUCUCUGUCACCUGACUGUAUUGAAGGCCGACUAAUCUUAAAGGAUAGGUUUAUCACUCAGUCAGCUGCAGACAUUAGAAAAAAACUUCAAAAAACUUAGAAACCCUAUUGAACUUGGCAACCUCGGUUUUUUAUAAUAGAGAUCAGGAGGAGCAGGCAGAACGGGACAAACGGGAUAAAAAAAAAAAGGCCACUGCUUUAGUCAUGGCCCUCAGGCAAGCGGACUUUGGAGGCUCUGGAACACGGAAAGCCUAGGGAAAUCAAAUGCCUAAUAGGGCUUGCUUCCAGUGCAGUCUAUAAGGACACUUUAAAAAAGAUUGUUCACAUAGAAAUAAGCCGCCCCCUCGUCCAUGCCCCUUAUGUCAAGGGAAUUGCUGGAAGGCCCACUGUCCCAGGGGAUGAAGGUCCUCUGAGUCAGAAGCCAUUAACCAGAUGAUCCAGCAGCAGGACUGAGGGUGCCCAGGGCAAGUGCCAGCCCAUGCCAUCACCCUCACAGAGCCCCGGGUGUACUUGACCGUUGAGGGCCAGGAGGUUAACCGUCUCCUGGACACUGGCACGGCCUUCUCAGUCUUACUCUCCUGUCCUGGACAACUGUCCUCCAGAUCUGUCACUAUCCAAGGGGUCCUAGGACAGCCAGUCACUAAAUACUUCUCUCUCAGCCACUAAGUUGUGACUGGGGAACUUUACUCUUUUCACAUGCUUUUCUAAUUAUGCCUGAAAGCUCCACUCCCUUCUUAGGGAGAGACAUUCUAGCAAAAGCAGGGGCCAUUAUACACCUGAACAUAGGAGAAGGAACACCCAUUUGUUGUCCCCUGCUUGAGGAAGGAAUUAAUCCUGAAGUCUGGGCAACAAAAGGACAAUAUGGACGAGCAAAAAAUGCCCAUACUGUUCAAAUUAAACUAAAGGAUUCCACCUCCUUUCCCUACCAAAGGCAGUACCCACUUAGACCCGAGGCCCAACAAGGAUUCAAGAAAAUUGUUAAGAACCCAAAAGCCCACGGCCUAGUAAAACUAUGCAAUAGCCCCUGCAAUACACCAAUUUUAGGGGUACAGAAACCCAACAGACAGUGGACGUUGGUGCAAGAUCUCAGGAUUAUCAAUGAGGCCAUUGUCCUUUAUACCCAGCUGUACCUAACCGUUAUACUCUGCUUUCCCAAAUACCAGAGGAAGCAGAGUGGUUUACAGUCCUGGACCUUAAAGAUGCCUUUUGCUGCAUCCCUGUACAUCCUGACUCUCAAUUCUUGUUUGCCUUUGAAGAUCCUUCAAACCCAACGUCUCAACUCACCUGGACUGUUUUAUCCCAAGCAUUCAGGGACAGCCCCCAUCUAUUUGGCCAGGCAUUAGCCCAAGACUUGAGCCAGUUCUCACACCUGGACACUCUUGUCCUUCGGUACAUGGAUGAUUUACUUUUAGCCGCCUGUUCAGAAACUUUGUGCCAUCAAGCCACCCAAGCGCUCUUAAAUUUCCUUGUCACCUGUGGCUACAAGGUUUCCAAACCAAAGGCUCAGCUCUGCUCACAGCAGGCUAAAUACUUAGGGCUAAAAUUAUCCUAAGGCACCAGGGCCCUCAGUGAGGAAUGUACCCAGCCCAUACUGGCUUAUCCUCAUCCCAAACCCUAAAGCAACUAAGAAGAUUCCUUGGCAUAAUAGGCUUCUGCCAAAUAUGGAUUCCCAGGUAUGGUGAAAUAGCCAGGCCAUUAUAUACACUAAUUAAGGAAACUCAGAAAGCCAAUACCCAUUUAGUAAGAUGGACACCUGAAGCAGAAGUGGCUUUCCAGGCCCUAAAGAAGGCCCUAACCCAAGCCCCAGUGUUAAGCUUGCCAACGGGGCAAGACUUCAUAUGUCACAGAAAAAAACAGGGAUAGCUCUAGGAGUCCUUACACACGUCCGAGAGACGAACUUGCAACCCGUGGCGUACCUGGGUAAGAAAACUGAUGUAGUGGCAAAGGGUUGGCCUCAUUGUUUAUGGGUAGUGGCAGCAAUAGCAGUCUUAGUAUCUAAAGCAGUUAAAAUAAUACAGGAAAGAGAUCUUACCGUGUGGACAUCUCAUGAUGUGAACGGCAUACUCACUGCUAAAGGAGACUUGUGGCUGUCAGACAACCAUUUACUUAAAUAUCAGGCUCUAUUACUUGAAGGGCCAGUGCUGCGACUGCGCACUUGUGCAACUCUUAACCCAGCCACAUUUCUUCCAGACAAUGAAGAAAAGAUAGAAUACUGUCAACAAGUAAUUGCUCAAACCUAUGCCACUCGAGGGGACCUUUUAGAGGUUCCCUUGACUGAUCCCGACCUCAACUUGUAUGCUGAUGGAAGUUCCUUUGUAGAAAAAGGACUUCAAAACAUGGGGUAUGCAGUGGUCAGUGAUAAUGGAAUACUUGAAAGUAAUCCCCUCACUCCAGGAACUAGUGCUCAGCUGGCAGAACUAAUAGCCCUCACUCAGGCACUAGAAUUAGAAGGAAAAAGGAUAAAUAUAUAUACAGACUAUAAGUGUGCUUACCUAGUCCUCCAUGCCCAUGCAGCAAUAUGGAGAGAAAAGGAAUUCCUAACUUCCGAGGGAACACCUAUCAAACAUCAGGAAGCCAUUAGGAAAUUAUUACUGGCUGUACAGAAACCUAAAGAGGUGGCAGUCUUACACUGCUGGGGUCAUCAGAAAGGAAAGGAAAGGGAAAUAGAAGGGAACUGCCAAGCAGAUCUUGAAGCAAAAAGAGCUGCAAGACAGGACCCUCUAUCAGAAAUGCUUAUAGAAGGACCCCUAGUAUGGGGUAAUCCCCUCUGGGAAACCAAGCCCCUGUACUCAAAAGAAGAAAUAGAAUGGGGAACCUCACGAGGACAUAGUUUCUUCCCCUCAGGAUGGCUAGCCACUGAAGAAGGAAAAAUACUUUUGCCUGCAGCUAACCAAUGGAAAUUACUUGAAACCCUUCACCAAACCUUUCACUUAGGCAUUGAUAACACCCAUCAGAUAGCCAAAUCAUUACUUACUGGACCAGGCCUUUUCAAAACUAUCAAGCAGAUAGUCAGGGCCUGUAAAGUGUGCCAAAGAAAUAAUCCCCUGCACUGCAGGCCAUACAUUUCAAUCCCUGUAUCUCUAACCUCCUUGUUAAGUUUGUCUCUUCCAGAAUUGAAGCUGUAAAACUACAAAUAGUUCUUCAAAUGGAGCCCCCGAUGCAGUCCAUGACUAAGACCUACCGCGGACCCCUGGACUGGCCUGCUGGCCAAUGCUCUGAUGUUAAUGACAUCAAAUGCACCCCUCCCAAGGAAAUCUCAACUGCACAACCCCUACUACUCCCCAAUUCAGCAGGAAGCAGUUAAAGCAGUCAUCGGCCAACCUCCCCAACAGCACUUGGGUUUUCCUGUUGAGAGGGGGGACUGAGAGACAGGACUAGCUGGAUUUCCUAGGCUGACUAAGAAUCCUUAAGCCUAGCUGGGAAGGUGACCGCAUCCACCUUUAAACACAGGGCUUGCAACUUAGCUCACACCCCACCAAUCAGGUAGCAAAGAGAGCUCACUAAAAUGCUAAUUAGGCAAAAACAGGAGGUAAAGAAAUAGCCAAUCAUCUAUUGCCUGAGAGCACAGCGGGCAUUUGAGCCAGCAUUCAAGCUGGCAAUGGCAACCCUCUUUGGGUCUCCUCCCUUUGUAUGGGAGCUCUGUUUUCACUCUAUUAAAUCUUGCAACUACAAAAAAAAAAAAAAAAAAAAGAAUUGCUUAAACGCAGGAGGCGGAGGUUGCAGUGAGCCGAGAUUGCGCAACUGCACUCCAACCUGGGUGACAGAGCAAGAGUCUGUCUCAAAAAAAAAAAAAAAUUAGAUGUAUUAGCCAUGCAUGGUGGCACACAACUGUAGUCUCAGCUACUCAGGAGGCUGACACAACAGGAUUGCUUGAGUCCAGAAGUUUGAGGUUAUAGUGAAAUAUGAUCAUACCACUGUACUCCAGCCUGGGUCACCUGUGAGGGACAGCAUUAGGACAAAUACCUAAUGCAUGUGGGGCUUAAAACCUAGAUGACGGCCGAGCAUGGUGGCUCACACCUGUAAUCCCAGCACUUUGGGGGGGCCAAUGUGGGUGGAUCACAAGGUCAGGAGUUCAAGACCAGCCUGGCCAAUAUGGUGAAACCGUGUCUCUACUAAAAAUACAAAAAUUAGCAGGGCAUGGUGGCGCACGCCUGUAGUCCCAGCUACUUGGGAGGCUGAGGCAGGAGAAUCACUUGAACCCGGGAGGUGGAGGCUGCAGUGAGCCAAGAUUGCACCAAUGCCCUCCAGCUGGGGUGACAGAGCGAGACUCCAUCUCAAAAAAAAAAAAAAAAAACCCUAGUUGAUGGGUUGAUAGGUGCAGCAAACCAUCAUGGCACAUGUAUACCUAUGUAACAAACCUGCAUGUUCUGCACAUGUAUCUGAGAACUUAAAGUAAAAUAAAAAAAUAAAUAAAUAAAACAAAAUAAUCAGAGUCACAGGAUCCAAGGCUUAGAUGGAUCUUAAAUAUCAAUCUAGCCUCAACCAAUUAUGUGACUUUAGAGCUCCCUAUACAAAUAAAUAUUAUAGAUAUUCCUAUAAAAAUAAAUAUUUAUAGAUAGUGACAAAUUGAAGAGCUCUUCCCAUGAUUCUACUCCAGCAUUUUUUCCUACACUUCUACAUCUAGACAUAUGUUUUUCCUGCCAGUAGGCUAGUUACCAUUGUUUACCUGGGAAACUUCUCCUUCAAGAGUCAGGUCAAAGAUCCCACUUUCUAUGAAGAAUACCUCUAAGUGAUCUAGGCAGUCUUAGGUAUUCCUUCCUCUCAUUACCAUUAUACCUCUCUUGGUUCAUCUACCGUGGCACUUAUUACAAUUAUCUUUUUGCUUAAUUCCUCUAUAGAGCUUCUUGAAGGCAGAAACAGGUGAUUUAUCUUAAAGACAACGCCAGUAAGCAGACCCUACAUAUCCUUUAGUGUUGGGUGAUGAUAUAUGCACUAUUACUUCAUAGUGAAUUAAUGAUGCUACAUAUCCAAAUUCAUUUUUGGAUGCUAGAAUAUUUGAGCUUAAAUGAAGGAUUCUAACAUGCUCUGAGAAAUCACCAGUCUGUGCUUUCAUUCUUGGGAGCUUCUACCUUGUAUUCUGUUUUCAACUUUGACUUCAGUAAAGAAUGAAAUAUGGAAUACUGACAUGGUUUGGAUUUGUGUCCCUGCCCAAAUCUCAUGUCGAAUUGUAAUCCCCAAUGUUGGAGAAGGGGACUGGUGGGAGGUGCAUGGAUCAUGGGGCCAGUAUCCACCUUGCUGUUCUCAUGAUAGUGAGUGAGAUGUGGUUGUUUAAAGUAUAUAGCACCUCUCUGCUUGCUCGCUUCCUCUUGCUCCAGCCAUGUAAGAUACGCCAGCUUCCUCUUCACCUUCUGCCAUGAUAGUAAGUUUCCUGAGGCCUCCCCAGCUAUGCUUCCUUUACAGCCUGUGGAACUGUGAGCCAAUUGAAACUCUUUUCUCUAGAAACUAACCAGUCUCAGGUAGCCCUUUAUAGCAAUGCAAGAAGACACUAAUAAAGAAAAUUGGUACCAGGAAGGGGGUAAUGCUAUAAAGAUACCCGAAAAUGUGGAAGCAGCUAUGGAACUAGGUAAUGGGCAGAGGGUGGAAUAGUUUGAACGGCUCAGAAGAAGAAAGGAAGAUGAGGGCAAAUUUGGAAAUUCCUGGAGACCUGUUGAAUGGUUGUGACCAAAAUGCUCACUGUGAUAUGGACAGUGAAGUCCAGGCUGAGAAGGUCUCGGAGAUGAGGAACUUAUUGGGAACUAGUGUAAAGGUUACUUGUGCUAUGCUUUAGCAAACAGACUGGGGGCAUUGUGCCCCUGCCCUAGAGAUCUGUAGAACUUUGAACUUGAGAGUGAUGAUUUAGGGUAUCUGGUGGAAGACCUUUCUUUUUUUUUUUUUUUUUUUUUGAGACAGGGUGUCACUCUGUCACCCAGGCUGGAAUGCAAUGGGGCAAUCUCAGCUCACUGCAACUCUGCCUCCUGGGCUUAAGGAAUCCCCCUACCUCAGCCUCACAAGUAGCUGGGAUUACAGGUGCAUACCACCACACACAGCUAAUUUUUUGUGUUUUUGCUAGAGCCAGGGUUUUGCCAUGUUGCCCAGGCUAGUCUUGAACUCCUGAGCUUAAGCAAUCUGCUCACCUUGGCCCACCUCAUAACCUUGGCCUCCCAAAGUGCUGGGAUUACAGGGAUGAGCCACUGCACUUGGCUGGUGGAAGAAAUUUCUAAGCAGCAAAACACUCAAGACACGGUCUGGCUGCUUCUAGCAGCCUAUGCUCAUAUUCUUGAGCAAAAAAAAAAAAAAAAAAAGACAUAAAACUGGAACUUACGUUUAAAAGGGAAGCAGAUUAUAAAGGUUUGAAAAAUUUGCAGCCUGGUCAUGUGGCAUAAAAGAAAAAAAAGGCCGGGCAUGGUGGCUCACACCUGUAAUCCCAGCACUUUGGGAGUCCGAGAUGGGUCAUGAGGUCAGAUCGAGACCAUCCUGGCUAACACAGUGACACCCCGUCUCUACUAAAAAUACAAAAAAAAAAAAUUAGCUGGGUGUGGUGGCAAGCACCUGUAGUCCCAGCUACUUGGGAGGCUGAGGCAGGAGAAUGGCGUAAACCUGAGAGGUAGAGGUUGCAGUAAGCUGAGAUCGCGCCACUGCACUCCAGCCUGGACAACAGAGUGAGACUCUGUCUCAAAACAAAAAAAGAAAAAAAAAAUUUCAGGAGAGGAAUUCAAGCCAGCUGUAGAAAUUUGCAUAUGUAAAGAGGAGCCAAAUAUUCAUAAGCAAGAUAAUGGGGAAAAUUCCUGGAAGGAAUUUUAGAGACCUUCACAGUAGCUCCUCCCAUCACAGGCCUGGAGGCCUAGGAGGAAAUAAUGGUUUUGUGGGACAGGUACAAGGCCUUACUGCUCUGUGCAGCCUCAGGUCAUGGCACCCUGCAUCACGGCCACUCCAGCUCUAGCUACGGUUAAAAGGGGCCAAGGUACAGCUCAGGCUGAUGCUUCAGAGGGUGCAAGCCAUAGGCCUUGGUGACUCCCAUGAGGUGUUAAGCCGGUGGGUGCACAGAGUGUGACACUUGAGGCUUGGGAGCCUCUACCUAGUUUUUAGAGGAUGUAUGGAAAUGCCUGAUGUCCAGGCAGAAGUCUGCUGGGGGUGGAAAACCUCUACAAUAGCAGUAUGGAGGGCAAAUGUGGGGUUGGAGCCCCUACACAGAGUCCCCACUGGGACACUGGUUAAUGGAGGUGUGAGAAAAGGGCCACCAUCCUCCAGACAUGAGAAUGGUAGAUCCACCAAUGGCUUGCACCAUGCACCUGGAAAACCCACAGGCGCUCAAUGCUCAUGAAAGCAGCUACAGGGGUUGCACCCUGCAGAGCCACAGAGGCAGAGCUGCCCAAAGCCUUGGGACUCCACCCCUUGCAUCAGUGUUACAUGGAUGUGAGACAUGGAGCCAAAGGAUAUUAUUUUGGAGUUUUAAGUUUUAAUUACUGCCCUGCUGGGUUUCAGACUUGCAUGGGACUGUAGCUUCUUUGUUUUGGCUAAUUUCUCCCUUUUGGAAUGGAAAUAUUUAGCCAAUGCCUAUAACCCCAUUGUAUCUUGGAAGUAACUAACUGUUUUUGAUCUUAUAGGCUUAUAGGCGGAAGAGACUUGCCUUGUAUUAGAUGAGACUUUGGACUGUGGACUUUUCAGUUAAUGCUGGAAUGUGUUAAGAAUUUGGAGGAUAGCUGGGCACGGUGGCUCACGCCUGUAAUCCCAGCACUUUGGGAGGCCGAGACGGAUGGAUCACGAGGUCAGGAGAUCAAGACCAUCCUGGCUAACACAAUGAAACCCCGUCUCUACUAAAAAUACAAAAAAAAUUAGCAAGGUGUGGUGGCGGGCCCCUGUAGUCCCAGCUACUCGGGAGGCUGAGGCAGGAGAAUGG